AUGGCUCCUUCCAGAUCUUUCCUCCCUCUGCUCCUCUCCGCUUCCACUCUCUUAGUCUCCGCUCAGACUACCACCACAACAUCAAGCACUACACACUAUACUGCCAAUUCGGCGUUGAAGCUGGCAAAGUCGUAUGUGGGGGAUGACUUUUUGAAUGACUUUGACUACUUUACGGAUGAUGAUCCCACCUCUGGUACCGUCAACUAUGUCUCAAAAUCGAGCGGUCAAUCAGCAGGCCUCAUCGACGUUCAAAGCGAUAGCACCUUCAUCAUGCGCGCCGAUUCCGACUCGGUAGCCACUGGCCGUGGAAGAGACAGUGUGAGGAUCAGUAGUAAAGACUACUUUGCUGAUGGUGUUUACAUCCUCGAUUUGAACCAUAUGCCCGUCGGCUGUGGCACCUGGCCCGCCUUCUGGACUGUGACCAAGAACGGCUGGCCUGUGGGAGGUGAAAUCGAUAUCCUAGAAGGCGCCAACGGUCUCCCCACUGUCAACACCGUCGCUUUGCAUACUUCCGACACGUGUACGAUUGAAGGAGGGUCGUAUAUGAAUGGACAAGUGGGAGAGACGGCUUGCAGCGCGUAUGUCAGUGGAAAUACGGGGUGUGGAGUCAAUAUGGACGGCGGCGAGGGCGCGACGAAUGGGACGUAUGGCAGUGGGGUCAACAGUGAAGGAGGAGGAUGGUAUGCUAUGUGGAGAGAUCUUGAAAACUCUGGAUCCAUCAACGUUUGGUUCUGGCCCAGGGGAUCCGCUACCGUCCCAGACGACGUCAAGAACGUCGACACCGCAACCACCAACUUGGCCGGCUGGGGCACUCCCAACGCCAACUUUUCCAUCCCCACCUGUACCUCCGACUUCAACAAGCACGUUAUCGUCUUUGACCUGACUUUCUGCGGCGACUACGCCGGCGCAACCUACACUUCCGCCGGCUGCCCCGGUACUUGCUCCACUUUCGUCACCAACACCCCCUCCGCCUUCACCGAAGCCUACUGGUCCCUCAACUCUCUCCGGGUCUACACCGCCUCCGGCAAAUCCGUCUCUUCCUCCUCCUCCCUCUCUAGCGGUGCUAUCGCCGGUAUCGUCGUCGGCUCUGUCGUGGGCGUGGCGUUGAUCGUAUUCGCAAUCUUGUGGUGGAGGCGAUCGCAGAGGAAAAAGAGGUUGGGUAUGGGCAAGAAGAGCCUUUACGCCGGAAGUAAUGACCGGAUACUAUUCGGCAUUCCCACCGUGUCCAAGCAGUCUUAUAAAGACAUUGCUGCCCGCAAACCGCGUACGGGUCCCACGAAGCUCGCCCCCGGCAUGCGGGCGCACGACUAUCUCGAAGGUGAGACCCCAGUCGGCAUGACGCCUUCGAAAAGCAAGCCUUACGGCGGCGGAGGUCGAAGCACGGCGAGGGAAGGAGGGAGCAGCAAGUCGAGCCCGGCGAGCUCGGAUGUCAAGUUGAAUGUGUUGGAGAGUAAGCCUGGGCUGCCUCCUUCUGGUGGACGAGGUUGGGUUGGAUAG